CCACAUCGAAAUUUGAGGCACGUUAGCAAUGCCAGACAUUGUAACGUCGAUCGAAUUCAUUGCAGAUUUGCCCCUUUACAAAAAUGAGAAACCAUACCAGGUUCUUGUGUCUGCAGCAGAAUACGACAGUUCUGUCACUACUAACAAUUUGAAAUUCGAAAAACGUGACUCCGUACUGAUACGUGAUGUCAGAGAACAAAAAGAGCCUUUUGACUUGAACGAAGUAGGCUUCACAAUCUUGAACCAUCAGACAUCCGUUUCCGAGAUAAAGACAAACGAAGAGGUUGCAGAGUACAGAUCUGAGACCCAAACGUAUCUCAAAAAGCUCCUUGACGUGGAAUGUGUCUACACAUUUGACGUAAAGCUUCGAGAUAAUGGAGCUGACCUUGGUCGUGUUAUCAACCUUAGGGAUGAUACAGUCCCGGAUCGGCCGGCAAAGGGUGCUCAUGUUGAUGUAUCACGCGCAGCUGGACCAAGAAUCAUCGGACAUCACCUGCCUCGGGAGCUCAUGGCGAAAUAUGCAAAGCGUGGAUAUCGGUUUAGGAUCAUGAACACGUGGCGUUCAUUACUCCCUAUCUUGGAGGACAUGCCGCUAGCUUACUGCGACUACCGUACCGUUGAUAAGAACGAUCUCAUUGCGUGUGACAGGGUGAUACCAACUCGUGUCGGCGAAAAUUAUUAUCUUCGAUAUAACCCUGCCCAACAAUGGUAUUGGCUUGAGCAUAUGACGCCCGAGGAGCCCGUACUAUUCGUCAGCUAUGACUCCGCGCCUGGUGAUCAAGCACGGUUUUGUCCUCACGUACCUUUCCCCAACCCACGAGCAAGCCCUACGGCUUGCAAGCGACGAAGUGUCGAGACCCGUUCAAUUAUCAUUAGCAAGGAAGACUGAUGGUACUUGGUCAAAACACAGAAUCCUUGCUCGACAUAUGAAUGGCGCCACAUCGAGAGUCUACAUAGAUACUGGAUUUUUAUGCUCUUAAUUAUUUGUCUCAGGCUCUUUAAGCGCUAUAAGCAAGGUGAGAUCACUCUCAGAGAGAAUCAAGUGGUGCAAAGCAAUUCGGUAUUCGUACGUAUUUGGCUCGGUAUUCAUGAAGUCAUCCCUUGGAUAGGCCUAUUGGGCAUCAGGAUGUCUUAGUCUGCAUUCUGGGAUCUAUGAAAGCUGAAGCACGCUUAGCUGUAUAUGAAAG